ACAAAAAUAAAUCAGUCGUAAGAAUUUAUUGCAACGCUAAACAUAUAAAGGCUAACAACCAACGUGUGCUAAUAAAACCAAAAUCCAAUAAGAAAGUGUGUGCUUUGUGAAAGAAGAAAGUACAUAGAUAAAAAGAAACAAAAAAAAUCCAAGUGUGCUUUUUUGCAAAGUUAUUCAUAUUUUUAAACAACAACAAAUCAUCAACCAGAAAAAAUGGCCGAUUCCAACAAGCGUAAUAUUCCCAUCAAAUUGGGCGAUUUCAGCGUUAUUGAUACAGAAUUCAGCAGUAUUAGGGAACGUUUCGAUUCCGAAAUGCGUAAAAUGGAAGAAGAAAUGGCCAAAUUCCGUCAUGAAUUGAUGAAUCGUGAAGCUAAUUUCUUCGAAAGUACCAGUACAACAAAAAAGACUACAACGACCAGCCAAUCUACAAACUCUGCCCUCUCCGCCAGACCUAAACAAAACUAUAUCUCCGAUAUCAGUUCUCCAUUGAUUCAGGAGGAUGGUGAUAACAAAGUAUUGAAAUUGCGCUUCGAUGUCAGCCAAUAUGCCCCCGAAGAAAUUGUUGUCAAGACUGUCGAUCAAAAAUUAUUGGUCCAUGCCAAACAUGAAGAGAAAUCCGACACAAAGAGCGUCUACAGGGAAUACAAUCGUGAAUUCUUGUUGCCCAAAGGUGUUAAUCCUGAAUCGAUUCGUUCGUCUCUAAGCAAGGAUGGUGUACUCACUGUUGACGCUCCUUUGCCGGCUCUUACUGCUGGUGAAACCAUGAUCCCCAUUACCCACAAGUAAAAUGGUUGCUGCUAACAAGAAUUUGGUGGACGACGAUGCAAGAAAACAAACAAAUAAAUAAACGUGAUACAAAAAUACCCAGUAAUUUUACCACCAUUUCUCACGCUGCACCAUCAUUUUUCCAAAUAUAUACCCCCUCCCUAUGAGUCGUGUAAAAUCGUCUAAGCAACUUUUUAUUAUACAUAAAACAACAACUUACUCUUUCCACCAAAUCGUCAUCACUAUUUUAUUUUUGUAUGUGAGCUUUUGAUGUUUGUGAAAGAGUUGAAAAAAAAGAAAUGAAA